GUUGUCUGUCACUGUUAACUUCAAUAUUACAACCCACCACACUGCGCGGAAUCACUGCAUACCAGCGCGAUGGGCGACAGACUUACUCAAUUGCAAGACGCUGUGGAUCAGCUUGCCCAGCAAUUCGUCGCAAGCUUCCACUUUGUCCACCGGCGCCACGAUCUCGAGCUGCUCGGACCCAACGAUAAGAUUAGAGAGGUCAAACAGGAUCCGGAACAGAAAGAGGUCGAUCCCCUUCCCGCAGACGAAUUCAAAGAUGGCCUAGCUGAGCUGUCGCGCGACCUCAUCAUCAAGGAACAACAAAUCGAGGUCCUCAUCUCCAGCCUGCCGGGUUUGGACAGCAGCGAAGCCGACCAGGAGCGCUAUAUCCAGGAGCUGGAAGACGAGCUCAAGGUCGCAGAGAGUCAGAGGCAGGACGCGAUACGAGAGAAGGACCAGAUUCUGGCAAAACUUGAUGAGGUGAUCAGAAGCGUUCGACGACCUUGAUAUAUCACACUGGUCACCGGGACUGCAUUGCAUUUGGGGUGUUAUGGGCGUUGAAAAAGGUCAAACGGGGGGUAUUCGAGUUUAAGGAUAUCUAUGAAUUAGCGAUACCCAAUCCAACACAGAAAA